GGCAAUGUCCACUUUAGCCCUGCUGGCAUUCCCAAGCUGGUCUCUGCAUGGCCCUCUAUGCAGCGAUCCCACCAAGGACAAGGCUGAGCAGUGAGAUCUGGGGCUCAGUGAGAGUUUGCCUCUGAUCCUGCCUGACAAAAGGGGAGGAGAGAAGGAAAAGUCAGAACACACCUCCACAUCCUAUUUCAGCCUGCCUUAAGUCACUCCAUGAGCACAAUGAGUGGAAAAAACAGCCCAGAGGGUGAAGAAAGAGCUGGGAGGAUGAAGAGUGAGAGCUGGGGGCAGAGCAACGCCGCGGGAGAGGUCAGGAGGGGCCAGGUGUUCCUUGCUGCCUACCUGAUAGUAACCCUGGAGCUGACCUUUCUGUUCAUGCAGUUUGGAGUCAUGCCUUACUUGGCAAAGAACCUGGGUUUGGAUUCGGUGGGGUUUGGGUACCUCCAGACAACCUUUGGUGUCCUCCAGCUCGUGGGAGGUCCCAUUUUUGGAAGGUUUGCAGAUCAGUUUGGCAACAGAGCUGCCUUAGCUCUCUCCUGUGCAUCUGCGAGUGCCUUCUUUCUGCUCCUGUCCAUCUCCACCAGCAUCCCCAUCCUCUUUCUCUCCAGGCUACCAUCAGUGUUCAUGCAUGGGUUGCCAGGUGCUCAGAAAGUCAUCACAGACCUGACGGCUCCUUCUGAACGUGCUGCUGCCUUGGGGAAGCUGGGUCUUUGCUUUGGAGUAGGAAUCAUCAUCGGCUCUGCCCUGGGAGGGGUCCUCUCCACCAAAUUUGGGUGAGUAAUUCGUUUGUUUG